AUGUCUCGCUCCAAGUGUGCUAACCGUGCUCCAGCAAGAAACAGGUUGAAGCGAACUUCGUAUUUGUAUGUGAAAGGCGCUGAAAGUGAACAUGUGGCAAUGAAAGAAAACGCGGGAACGGUCCUUCUGAAGCAAAAAAAGAAGAAAACGCCAGCGGAAAGCAGUGUGUUCGUUAACCGUUGUCAUCUAGCCGAAGUCAAUGAAGUUGAAGAAGAUGCAGAAGACACCCUAUCGAUUACUGACUAUGGCUAUUCCGGAAAUUAA